AUGAGACCUCAAGACAAAGGUUUGUCAAAAGACGACAUAGAACGAGUUUUAAACUUCGAUUGGGACGUUUCUUCGGAUGAUGAAAGUGAUGAUGAUAUGGAAGAUGUGUCUGCAGUGCUGGAGCAAAAUUUUGAGGGGAUUGUGGAUAGAGGGGAAAGCAUAGAAAUUGACCUUCUUGAUAAUCUAAUAGAAGAAGAUAAUACUCAAGAACAUCGCUCAAUUCAAAAUAUGUGUAUCGAAAAAAUUGAUUCGAAGGCAUUAAAAUGGAGGUCAAAGGUAUUUAAAGCCCCGGAGAGUAUGUGGAAGGAAGAGUACACCUUGGAAAUUUACGAAGUAAUGAAACCAGUGGACUAUUUCUCACAAUUUUUUGAUGAUCGAUGUAUCGAUUUGAUCACUCAGCAAACUGACUUAUAUGGACUUCAGAAGCUGGGAAUUGAACUUAAAAGCACCAAAGUAGAUAUACAACGAUAUAUAGGCACUCUGCUAUACUUGGGUGUUAUUAAAUUGCCCCAAUUUAAAAUGGCGUGGUCUCAAAAUUUGAAGCUAACGGCUAUAACGGACUCAUUAUCUCGCAAUAGGUUUGAAAAAAUUAAACAGUGUUUACAUUUUAACGAUAACAGCAAACAACCAAAAAAAGAAGAUUCAAACUAUGACAAAUUGUACAAGAUACGUCCUCUACUAGACAUCGUUAGAGAAAACUUUAAUAAUCUCCCUCAAGAAGAACAUCAAAGUGUUGAUGAGCAAAUAAUUGCGUUCAAAGAGUUCAAUAUAAUUUUGCCUACUUCCGGUCCCAUUGAAACUGCUGACACUAUGUCUACAGGUAUUGAUUACUAA